AUGAAUUAUACGAAAGUAGGGCUCACUAUAGUUGCUAUUCUGGACGUAGUUGUUGUUUUAGUGUUGUAUUAUACUACGUUAACAACGGUCAGUGUGUAUGAUUAUACAAAGGAUACAAAAGUGGAAUUCGAUUCAUUAUAUUUUUCAAAUGUAACGGAGGAAAAUCAUUCUAUUGAACCUAAUAAUUUAUUUGAGACCUCAAAGUUUCUGGGAGAUAUUAGCAGAAAUGCUACAGUUUCAACGCAUUCAACACUUCCAAUUCCAAAACAAAAAUAUGUAUUGGACCAAUUUAUUGGAAACACGAACUAUUCUAUCAGUGGAUAUAACGGAUCAAGAGUAUACAAUACAAGUAAAUACAACAAUGAUACAGGAAAAUUUUGCAUGGAAAAGCCACCUCGUCUAGUUGGAAAAAUGGCUAUUCCAAAUAACAUUCUUCCUCCAUCGUGGGAAGAAAUUCGAAAGCAAAAUUUGAAUAUACGGGGCGGAAGUUAUAUGCCUGAAAACUGUAAAGCGAGAUAUAAAAUAGCUAUAAUAAUAGCCUUACGAGGCAGGGAGGACCAAUUGAAAAUUCUCCUCUAUCAUUUGCAUCCGAUUUUACAAAGACAGCAAGUCGAUUAUACUAUAUACACUAUCACUAUGGCCGGAAAAGGCGUUUUCAACAGAGCUAAACUUAUGAAUGUGGGAUUCGCGGAAGCAAAUAGAGACCGACGAUACGAUUGCUAUAUAUUCCAUGACGUGGAUUUACUAUUGGAAGACGAUAAUUGUUUAUAUUGGUGUUCGAAAGAGCCAAGAGAACUCGCUCCCUACAUGGAUAAAUUUGGGUAUAAACCCUUGUCUUACUCACUCGGUUGCCGUUCAAGUAAUGCGCCACGGAUAAACAAGUACUUUGGCGGAGUCGUUCAGGUUUCGCACGAACUUUUCCUUGAAGUGAAUGGUUUUUCUAACAUAUUUUGGGGUUGGGGAGGUGAGGAUGAUGAUAUGUAUUCAAGAUUGUGGAGUAAAGGUCAUGACAGCGUUAAUCCAUAUGGAAGGCAAUGUUCCUAUAGUAUGAUAAAGCAUGAGCACGAAUCGACCAAUAGUGUCAACAAAGCUAGGUUCACUCUUCUAUACCACACUAUAUCCCGAAUGCAAAAUGAAGGAAUGAAUACUUUAAGAUACAAACGUAUUUCAACUGAACGAAAUCAACUUUACAUGAACAUCACAGUUGACAUAGGAAUACCGUCUCAAAAGAUGAAUCAUUUUAUGGAAUCAAAUUUUGAUGGAAUUCCUUGCAAUAAAAUAACAACACCAUGGGACUGA